AUGGAGGCCGCGGCGGCGACUGCGCUCCCGGUCACAGCGGCGGCGGCCGUCCCAAGGAGUGAACCAGGAUUGCGCUCCCGGUCACAGCGGCGGCGGCCGUCCCCGCUGCCGGGAGGGUCCCAUCGCGUGCUCCCAGGUCCCGUAGUGUCCCUCUGUCUCGUCCGCGCCGGCAUCCAUGGCUCCCUCCGCCUCGUCCGCGAUGGACCCGCCGUGCAGGAGACAAAGGCUGCGGCGGUGGCGCGGGUGGCCGCGGGUGGGCUAACGGCGUGGCCGUGCGGGUCAUCAAGAUGUUGCCACGGAGUUCUUCAGCCUCUCGUCGUCCUUCCCUUGCUCAUGGAGCGGCAGAGGCAAGGAAGCCUAGCAGGCAAUCAAGUGUUUAGUAUUUUGUCAUUUGACUUGCAGGUUGCUGCUGAUAAGGGAAUGUUCACUUUCCUGGUAAACAUACAAAGCCUUGUCUAUUUGAUUUAUGGCAACACAGCCUUACGUUCUUUGUGCUUUGACUUCAGAAGCACCAUGGUCCAUGGGAAUUACUACGAGAGAUUUUGUCAAACUCCAGUUAGUACUUUGGCAGUGAAGCAUAACUUGCUUGUUACUGGUGGGUUUCAUACGGUUGCAUAG